AACACAACCAAGAGUUGGUUUUCAAGUUGAGAGAAGUCAACUUAGGCGUUUCAUAUAAAGCUAUAUAUUUAUUUAUAUUUAUUUGCCCGUUGAUUAACACGAAAGGGAACCAUGGUUAUGUUGAAGAUUUCUGCUUUCCUUGUUGCUUAUGCCCUGGUCAUUUGCCAGAUGUACAGCUCACAAGCAGCCCCCUCCAGACCGGGCAUAGAGUCCAUGACAGACCGAGUCACCCUUACGGACUACGAGGCAAGGAGGUUACUCAACGCCAUAGUCAAGGAGUUUGUGCAGAUGACAGCCGAAGAGCUGGAGCAGCAAGAUAAUGAAGGCAACGAAGGCAAUAGCAUGGAAAGGCCCAUUACCAAGCGCUGCUCUAACCUCAGCACCUGCGUGCUGGGCAAACUGUCCCAGGACCUGCACAAAUUACAAACGUUUCCCCGCACGGACGUGGGCGCGGGCACGCCUGGCAAGAAACGCAGCGCGCCCGAGAGCGAACGCUAUGCAAGCUACGGGAAGACAUUUGACAGCAUCUAACCCUCCGCCCUCCUCCUAUUCCCUCUCUUUUCAUUAUAACGUCCUCCUGGUUUUUGUUUGACAUGUCUCAGUUGCAUGUGGAUUUUUCCUGCUUGAUUGACCUAAGAGCGAAUCUCCCAUUGCAACCACCACUUCUUCAUUUUUGUAUUAUUUUGACAAUUCCUUUCCGUUUUCGGCAAAGAAUGACAUGUUGUAUCUGUUCAGACAAUCAACUCUUCUAAAUUGCAAUUAUUCAAAAUAAUGAAUCAACAUAUAUCAACUUUUUUUUCCAGUGUGUAUAUAUUCAUAUCAUUUGAUUGCAUUUCAAAUUCCCGAUAACCCAAAUUCCUAAGAGAUAACCUAAGUAAUAUUCAACCAUAAUAAAUAGUUUCUUCAUGCCUCGCCAUGUUUCUUGUUGAAUAAACCUAUUUUUCUACCAGGAAGGCUUUUACUUUUUAUUCUUAAGAAAUAGAAUAUUAGUAAUUAAACAAUUUGUUUUAUGGACCUAGCUUUGGCUCUUCCAACAGCGGCAUUUAAUAUUUUUUCGUUGCAGGAUAGAGUAAAUCAUAGUUAUUAUAGCAUUUCCAUUACCCUUGAACUAUCUCUAGAACCUUCACCAAGUCUCAAGGUAAGAAUUAUGAUCGACUGAACCAUUCUAAUGAUCUACCAUUUUCAGAGACUAUAUUAAUCCUCAAGGUAAGAAUUAUGAUCGACUGAACCAUUCUAAUGAUCUAACAUUUUCAGAGACUAUAUUAAUCCAUGGUCUACUUGUAUGUGUUUAGUUGUAAUUGUUCGACUCCUGUUAAUGACAAUGACACGUUCGUUUUAAUGGAGUAAAGCAGAUGUUUUAAUUACAUUGAGCCGUAUUGCUUGAUUAGAUGAGGAAAUAGUGUGUGUGUUUGAUAGGGUGUGUGUUUGUGCGUGUGCUUGAGUAUGUGUACAUUUGUAAGUGUCUGGCAUGAGUGCGAACACAAAUGCUUUUGUGCGUCUGUGUACUGUAUGUGUAUGAGGUACUGUUAACCCUGCCUCCAUUCCCGAAGCAGCAUUACAACACAGAAGCGAGCCUGCAACACGGCCACCUGCGUGACUCAUCGCCUGGCAGACUUCCUGAGCCGGUCGGGGGGCAUGGGCAACAGUAACUUUGUCCCCACCAAUGUGGGCUCCAAGGCUUUCGGACGGCGGAGGAGAAACACACAGAUAUGAGAACAUUCUGACAACCUUCAUGGAGGUUGAUCCUUCUUAACGCGAUGACAUCAGAACAUAUCUGGGAGGAAAACAACAAAACAAACAAAGAGAAAAGACACACUGGCCCCUUCAUCCACCCUUCAUCCACCCUUCAUCCACCCUUCAUCCACCCCCUUCAUCCACUCCCCCACAUCUACAGAAAUAAACCCCUUCCGAUAUUAGGACUCCUCCUCUCAAUACCAUAAUGUUAUGAAACAUUAAUUUAGCUUUUGGCAAACCAGAGAAAAAAAGGGGGAGAAUGACCUCCAUUAUGUACAUUGUCAGCUGAAUCCCCAAAUCCCAAAGAAAAUUUCCAGAUUACUUUAUUUUUUAAUACAUGAAAUUCAUUUAAAAUGAAUUGGAAAAAAGCACCAGUGCUUAUUUAUUAUGAUUUAUUCUGUCUAUAGAGCACAUUUGUACCAUGUGAACCAUUCUCCCCGUCACACAUCCCUCCCUGUCCCCACCGGCACCUGUUUGCUGUGCUGUGCCCUGCAGGGAUCGACAUUAAAGAUCAGCCUUCCCUAGGCUCCCUCACAACGGCUGUGUCUUGUGCCUUGAUGUAAAACACUUUACAUCACAUGACUGUAUAGUAUGUAUCAAGAUUAUAAGAAGACCAUGAAGAGAAUGACACCGGAAAAAAAAUUAUUAAAGAGAUGAAUAUUGUAACAAUUGUGAAUUUCAGCAAGAUUAAAAUGUAUUUUAGAUACAUUCG